AUGUCGCAGUGUAUCGUAUCGUGGCAACAACAAAUGAACCUGCACAGGAAAGAGAAAAAUGAAAGGAAAUUUGAAGAAAGUGACGGAGAGGGAGGUCUCGGUAAUCUCAACCGCUUAAUCGUACGUCCUCCUGGGCACAGUGGUAAAGCAAAGCGCGGUCAUCUCUGCUUUGAUGCAGCCUUCGAGUGUGGUAAUCUUGGUCGUGCUGACCACAUUACAGAGCUCGAAUAUGAUCUUUUCGUUAGACCAGAUACCUGUAGACCUCGGUCACGUUUUUGGUUUAAUUUCACUGUAGAGAAUGUGAAACAAGAGCAGCGGGUUAUUUUCAACAUUGUUAAUUUAGGAAAAGAAAACAACCUAUUUAAUGAAAAUAUGACACCGUUAGUGCGAUCGACAUCACGACCAAAAUGGCAACGUAUUCCUCGACGUCUGCUAUUUUACCACCGAUCACUGGUUCAUCGCGGCCGCAAGAUACUCAGUUUAGCCUUUGGAUUUGAUAAAGAGGAAGAUGUAUACCAGAUCGCAGCAGCCGCUCCAUAUUCUUAUUCGAGAUUGCAAAAAUAUCUGGCUGCAUGGGAAAAACGUGCUCUAUCAUUUGCCACAAGAGAAAGUAUUGCGCAGAGCACUCAAAAACGCCGAAUAGAUUUAAUUACUAUAGGUAAUCCGAUUUUAAAAGAAGAAAUUAAGGAAGAACACAACGUGAAAGGAAAAAUUGAUAAAAAAAAACGUGUAGUUCUUAUUUUAGCAAGAGUACAUGGCGGUGAACAACCAGCUUCCUUUAUUUGUCAAGGUGUUUUGGACUACCUAGUAAGUUCUUUAGAAAAAGCGGUAGCAUUACGAAAUGGAAUUGUAAUACAGGUUGUACCAAUGUUAAACCCCGAUGGUGUAUUUUUGGGAAACCAGCGAUCUGACCUUCUUGGUUCGGACCUCAAUCGUUGUUGGAACAGAGCCACAACUUUCGCUCACCCAGCUCUUAUUGCAAUCAAUCAACUAAUACAAAAAAUUAACGCUGAAAAAACGUUGCAAUUGGAUUUCAUCAUUGACAUUCAUGCUGAUGUAAGCCACGAGGGCGUUUUUGUACGUGGAAACUCCUACGAUGAUGUGUACAGAUUUGAAAGGCACGCAGUUCUCCCUAAGUUUUUCGGGAUGCGCAUAGAGGCUUGGAAGCCGGAGUCCUGCUUAUACAAUAUGGACAAUUAUGCCGGAGGGAGUGCGAGGCGGGCAUUACCUACGGGCGCUACUGACGCUUAUUCAUUACUGGCUUCCUUGGGUGGACGGCGAUUGACUCCAACGGGACCUUAUAUACAUUACACUGAAGAUGCUUAUUUUAAAAUAGGAAGAUCACUAGUAAAAGCUCUGUGCGACUACUACAGACAUGUGGGAGUAAUUCCGCCUCGUGAAGGUAUCAACAUAAAGAAGAAGGAAUCUCGGAGGAGGCACAGACGAAAGAGGCCCAUCAAGGAAAAAGAAAGGUCUCCCAGCUCAUCACCUGAGAGGCGAGUGCUUGCGGGGCGCGUGUUAUCGCCUCCUAUACCCGUCACGUCGCCGCCUGCACUGCGCGCGCUGCCUGUACGCAAUGCACGCAACGCGACCCUCAGGGCUAAGCCACGGACGCCUUAUGUUGGAGAUAAUAUUCUACCUAUCAUUACUGGUAGAGCAGUUAGAACUCCAAGGCUCUCCGUGGUAGACUUGAGCGCGUACAUCCGCACGCCGCCGACGGCCGCGCGCGCGCGGGCGAGUGCGCGGCGCUUGCCGGCGCGUGCGCGCGCGCGCCUCACCAGUGACGAGGGCGACACGCAUGGAUCAGAUUCU